AUGACGCUGUCUCGAGGGACUUCGGAGGCUUCAUCGGGUGCGUCGAAGGACAAAAGGAAGGAGAAAGACGGACUAGUGCCUUCCAUCCCUCUGGAAGCACAAAGUAAAGCGAGCACGGCCAUCGUGCCUUCAAGGAUGUGGACGGACAAAAGCCUUCAAUACCGGCACCCCCCAUUGACCACUUUCUCGCAUCCUUCCAUCUCUCGAUCUCGCCUCGCUGAUUAUACGGACCUUACCGGGAAUGGAGGUGACAUGGAUGAUGUACCCGUCACAUCCUAA